AUGUCUCUCGCCAAAAACAUCCUUCUCUUUGGGGCCACGGGGAAUAUUGGCUCCUUCAUCCUCGACGCCAUUCUCCCCGUGCGCUCCCAAUUCGGCCGCAUCGUCAUUUUCACUUCCCCGCGCACCGCAGAAACCAAGGCGGCACAGCUGGAAAGGCUCAAACAACAAGGAGUCGAGGUCAUUACAGGCAAUGUCGAGGACGAAGAAGCAGUGAAAGCCGCAUAUGCAGGAAUCGACACUGUCAUUUCCGCACUGGGCCGCGAUACUCUGGCGCAACAGAUCCAUCUGAUCCGUCUGGCCGCCGCUAGCAAGGAUGUCAAAUGGUUCCUCCCGUCAGAAUAUGGCACAGAUAUCAAAUACGGGCCAGCCUCGGCAGAUGAGAGACCGCAUCAACAGAAGCUGAAGGUGCGCGCGUAUCUCGAAAACCAAAUCUCACGGGAGGAUCUUGCCUUUUCAUACGUGGUGACUGGGCCUUUCGCGGAGUUCUACCUUCACCAAGUGCCAGGCCUGGAAGAGGCAGGUGGAUGGGAUGUCAAAGCCCGGAAGGCAGUAUUGCUGGGUGAGAAAGGUGCCCAAAUCAGCUUGACAACUAUGCAAGACGUUGGCACUCUGGUGCGGAAUACCCUACUGCACGCCACGGCUGAAACACGCAAUGCCGCACUAUGUGUCAAUUCAUUCACGACCACCCCGGACCAGAUUCAAGCGGAGUUUGAACGCCAACUAGGUCAGCCCUGGGAUGUAUCGCGUACUUCCUUGGGGAAAUUACGGGAGCUAGAGACUGCGGCGUGGGAGGCUGGGAAGCCAUCUGCGACGGUGUUGACCCUGCGACGCAUUUGGACAGAGGGAGGCACGCUGUAUGCCAAGCGGGCCAACGCGGUCAUCGGAGAGCCCAAGGUCAUGGGGUUGGAAGAGGUGGUGGCGAAUGAGAUAGAACGAGUAUCGAGGCUAUAG